AUGGCUUCGAAGAAGAGUAACCAUAACCCUCACUCAGGCGACGGUGCUAGCCCUGGAAAGAUAUUCAUCGGUGGCUUAGCUAAAGACACCACCUUGGAUACCUUUGUUAAGUACUUUGAGAAGUAUGGGGAGAUAAUAGACUCUGUGAUCAUGAAAGACCGGCAAACUGGUCGACCUAGGGGAUUUGGGUUCAUCACCUAUGCGGAUCCUUCAGUUGUUGACCAAGUUAUGGAAGAGACUCAUGUAAUCAAUGACAAGCAGGUCGAGAUAAAGAGAACCAUUCCAAAGGGUUCUGGACAGGGAAAUGAUUUCAAAACGAAGAAAAUUUUUGUUGGCGGGAUUCCAACCACAGUUACUGAAGAUGAGUUCAAAAGUUUCUUUUCACAAUUUGGAAAGGUGGUGGAGCAUGAGAUCAUACGUGAUCAUGUCACUAAGCGCUCUCGAGGUUUUGGAUUUGUUGUAUUUGACAACGAAAAAGUUGUUGAUAAUGUUCUUGCAAAUGGAAAUAGGAUUGAUAUGGCUGGUACACAGGUUGAGAUCAAGAAGGCUGAACCAAAGAAGGCCUCAAACCCAGCACAUGUUCCUGCAUUUGGUAGUGACUCUAGGGCACACCCUUACAAUGAUAGUUUCGGUGGAUUUGGAGACUCCAUGAGUGGUUUCGGUCCUGGUGGUUAUGGUGCUGGAGGUUAUGGUCCUGCUUCUUAUAGGUCACUGGGAGGUUUUGGCAGUAGGUUUGGUGAUUAUGGUGGAUAUCCAGAUGGUAAUGAUUUUGGAGGUGGUUUUGGGGGCUUUGGUGGUGGUGGUGCUUUUUCUGGUUAUCGUGGAGAGUCGUCAUUCGGCUAUUCUAGUCGCUUUGGUUCUUACGGUGGAGGGAUUGGCGGGGGAUAUGGUGGUAGUGGGUUAGGUGCAUAUGGCCGUGAAGCUAGGGGCUAUGGUGGUUAUGAUGGUUCAGGCUCUACUGAUGGUUAUGAUUCAGGACCUGGUGCUAGUUAUGGUGGACCUCGAAGCUUGUACGGUAGUAGGGCAGGUUAUGGCGGCAGUAGUCGUUACCACCCUUACGGAAGGUAG